GACACACACACACACACACACACACACACACACACACACACACACAGACAGACGCACAGAGCCUGUGCCCACUGCAGCUGCAGCUUUCUGCUCUUGGCUGACAAAUUUGAACCCGACGUGGUCUUCUGCUGUUGUAGCUCAUCCAACUCAAGGUUCAACGUGUUGUGCAUUCUGAGAUGCUCUUCUGCUCACCAUGAUUGUACAGAGUGGUUAUCUGAGUUACUGUAGCCUUUCUGUCAACUCCAACCAGUCUAGUCUGGCCAUUCUCUGUUGAUCUCUCACAUCAACAAGGCGUUCAGAUCAUUUGGACGUUUUUUUCUUUAUUGCACUAUAAACUGUAGAGACAGUUGUGUGUGUUUGUGUGAAAAUCCUAGAAAAUUAGCAGCUAUAGAAAUACUCAAACGAGCACAUCUUUCACCAACAAUCAUGCCAUGGUCAAAAUCACUGAGAUUGCAUUUUCUUCCAUUCUGAUGGUCGCUGUGAAAUUUACCCAAAAGUGCUGGCCAGUAUGUGCAUGAUUUUAUGCAGUGCACUGCUGCCACACAAUUGGCUGAUUUAGAUAAUUGCAUGAGUUGGUGCACAGGAGUUACUAAAAAAGUUCCCGGAGAGUGCAUGUCUAUUUAAUACUCUAGAUGUACAAAAAGUGUACAGGAGAGUAUAUGAACGAUGCUGUUUGUGUAGCUUCUUCACAGUCACACAUCAAGUAUCAGUAUAGAGCUCUAUGAACACAGUCGUAUUUGCUGUUUCAUUAUGCAAAGAGUGAAACCGUAAUUUUGAUAAUGUAGAAUUUCUCUGAAGCAAAAAUCUCACUUCUUAAUUUAGGCAGUGUUUUGCCUACUUUUGCAUGUGUCUUCAAAAAAUUUCUCAUGUGUAGAAUUUUACUUUGGUCAUUUUCUGGAUGCUGUUAGUCCUUGUACAUGUAGGAAAAUGUUGGAGAUUUCUUUUCUGACACACAGGUUAAGAUGCCACCAUGGCUCAGAGGGUUGGAAGUGGUCAGAGGUGUGGGGUGCCUGCAGUAGUUUUAUGUCUGGUAGCGCUGCUCUGUGCCAACCUGCUUCUUUAUGUCUACCUGGAUGCUCUAUACGAGGGCACUUCCCCACCUUCAGCACACAUGCACUGCUCACCAGGCUAUUUUAAGGUGGGCACUAUGAAAAACUGCACCCCGUGGUUGCAGUGUCCUGAAAUCCGUGCUAAUGUUCGUCGGCUCAGACUGAUUGGACAGGGAGCUGUUAAGCAGGUAUACCUCUCAGAGUGGCAGGGGCAAAAAGUAGCCCUGUGUGUCUUGACAUCAGAGCAGUAUAAAGCUGAUUUCCUACAUGGGGUGUCCAUGCUACGUUCCUUGCAGAGUGUGCGUGUGGUAUCAUUAGUGGGUGUGUGUGAAGAAGAUGGCGUGUUUGUUACUGAAUACCACCCGUUGGGAUCAGCACUGACACUUGAUUCUACUCUUGCUCAGGAUCGUUACCGCAGUCAGGACUCGUGGCACGUGCGCCUACGACUGGCACUAGACUAUGUUGUCUUUCUGGUGUUUUUACACAACAGCCCAGUGGGUAAACGUGUCAUGUGCGACUCUAAUGAUUUGCAAAAAACACUCAGUCAAUUCUUGUUGACCUCUGACCUGCGGCUUUUGGCGAAUGAUCUGGAUGCCCUGCCAUUGGUAGAGCAUGGGGGUCAGGGCAUCAAGUGUGGUCAUCGGCAGCUGAUGGGUGAGUUUGUUGCUCCAGAGCAGCAGUGGCCUUAUGGUGAGGAGGUGCCUUUCUCAGAUUACCUCAUGCCAGGCUACGAUGAAAAAUCAGACAUCUGGAAGAUUCCAGAUGUGACCCGUUUUCUGCUAGGUCAUGUCUCAGGGAGCGAUGUUAUCCAAUUGCACCUCUUUCAGAUCCAUGCAGAGUGUAAGAGGCGGAAUCCUAAGCUACGGCCAUCAGCGCAUGAGGUCCUCAGAGUUUAUCGCUCUGUUUAUGACGGCAUGAAGGAAAGUCAUACAGAAAGCGUCAGAGACAUGCUGUGAAUUUGAUAUAAUUCGGGUGGUGUGUUGGGAACAAGUUUUAAAAAAGCAGUCCAGCACCAGGGAAAGUAGAAGUGCUGAGCAAGGUAGCAGUAUUCAGGACAAUAGGCAAUAAAGGAUGUUAAUGUCUUUAUGUACUGUUUGGUAAAUACGGGACACGUUUAAUAAAGUUACAACCACAUG